AUGGCUGAGGACAUGAUCAAACAGCAGGAUCAAACAGUAGGAUCAAACCGUAGGAUCAAACAGCAGGAUCAAACAGCAGGAUCAAACAGCAGGAUCAAACAGCAGGAUCAAACAGUAGGAUCAAACCGUAGGAUCAAACAGCAGGAUCAAACAGCAGGAUCAAACAGCAGGAUCAAACAGCAGGAUCAAACAGCAGGAUCAAACAGCAGGAUCAAACAGCAGGAUCAAACAGUAGGAUCAAACCGUAGGAUCAAACAGCAGGAUCAAACAGCAAGAUCAAACAGCAGGAUUAAACAGCUGGAUCAAACAGCAGGAUCAAACAGCAGGAUCUAA